AUGGAAGGUAUUGGUACCGCUGUCAGUGGCACGCACCUACCCAUCAUGUCGUCGGCUGACGAGACGCUACCACUAUUCCACGAGAACACUGCUGGCCAAGGCCAAGACAACAUGGUUCCCAACACCAAAAAGGCUCAAAUCGAGUGCAUUUCGGACGAUGCUCUCAUUCAUCUCAAGUCCUACAAGUACUCUAGCGUCGACAAGUCGCCCGUGUCCAAGUACAUUCUCGGUCCCUGGUGGAACUUUUUCGUCACCCUCUUGCCGCUAUGGAUGGCUCCCAACAUGGUGACCUUGGUUGGGUUCUUCUUCAUCUUGGCCAAUGUCGCGCUACUGGUUAUUUAUAUCCCUGAUCUGAUCGGCCCUGGCCCUUCCUGGGUAUACUUUAGUCUGGCCGCUGGCCUCUUCAUGUACCAGACCAUGGACAACGUCGACGGCAAGCAAGCCCGCAGAACCGGCACCUCGAGCGGUCUCGGCGAACUUUUUGACCACGGAAUCGACUCGCUCAAUUGUACACUCGCCAGUCUUUUCCAGGUCGCCGCCAUGGCUCUGGGCACCUCGCCCGCAGGUGUCUUCACUGCGCUCUGCCCUUGUGUCGCCAUGUUCUUCUCAACUUGGGAAACAUACCACACCCACACCCUCUUUCUUGGAUUCAUCAAUGGCCCUACAGAGGGUCUACUUAUUGCUUGCGGUAUCAUGGUCACCUCGGGUAUCUGGGGCCCCGAUCUCUGGAGCCAGCCCAUGGCCGGUAUUCUGGGCGGCAGCCUGCCUGGUCUUGCCGAUAUGCUUGGUGACACAUCCGUCCGCGACAUUUGGGUUCCCCUCGUUGCUAUUUCGCUACUCGGAACCCACAUCCCAUUUUGCGUUCUCAACGUCAUUGAUGCUCGCCGCAAGCAGGGACUGCCUGUCGCCCCCGUCUUCCUUGAGCUUGCGCCCAUGACCGUAUUUUCAGUCACAAUCGUCGCUUGGCUCGGCUCGCCUUACAGCACACUCAUGAGUGAGGACCACCUCAUCUUGUUCUGCUGCACCAUGUCGUUUGUCUUUGGCCGUUUGACUACUAAGAUGAUUCUGGCGCACUUGACGCGCCAGCCAUUCCCUUACUGGACUGCCAUGCUCUGGCCCUUAGUCGGCGGUGCUGUUCUCGCCAACCUACCUCGAAUUGGAUUCCCUCAGCUCAGUGCUACUCUGGAGGCUUACUACCUCUGGGCUUACUUUAUCUUUGCCACUGUCCUAUACUUCCGCUGGGCCUUUAUCGUCGUCAACGCUAUCUGCAACUUCCUGGGCAUCAACGCGCUCACCAUUCCCAAGGACAAGCAGAUCGCCAACAAGCGCGCGCAAGAUGCUGCUAAGCUGCACUAA